CUCAGAAUCAUCUCAGAGAGGACCAGCUGCUGAUACCUCUGCAGAGCUCGGCCGUGUCUCCGUGAAAGUAAUAGAGCCGAACCCCGGCGUGCAGCGGCUGAGUGAACGUGGUCCGGACUCGGUGCAGCAGGGUCAUGGUGUCAGAGAUGCUGUAGAAGGACAGAACACCUGCCCCGUGAUCCAGGUACACCCCCACUCUGGAGGAGCGACGAACACAGACUUUAAAUUUAAAGUCGUGAUGGUUGCAGUCCAACGCCCAGGAGUUGUCGUUACGUCCGAACACACACUGAUCAGAACCCCCCGCUCUGCUGAUGUCCUUGUAUGCUACCGCUACAGAAACCCCUCCUAGUCCUCUCCACUCCACCUCCCAGUAGCACCGACCAGUCAGAGUCUCCCUGCUCAGGACCUGCUCAUUAUCAGUGAAUCUGUCUGGGAGAAUAGAAGAACAGGCCAGGAAACUACUCCUUAAAGUAGCUCUCCUGUUCCACUGUGAUAACAUCAGCCCCCUGUAGGCUGAGUCUGGAUCCAGAGUGAUCUCACGUGCAUACUGUAGGAAUCCAGUGAUGAGUAGCUGUGCAGGAACUGUAGGGGGUCCUCUGUGUGUGACAGCAGCUCCAGCUCAGCGUUUCUCCUCUUCAGAUCCCUGAUCUCCUGCUCCAGCUCCUCCUGAAGCUCUCUGACUCGACUCACUUCCCUGUCCUGCUGGGAUCUGAGCUUCUGCUUCACCUCGGAGCGUCUCUUCUCUAGGAGACGGAUCAGCUGGGUGAACAUCUCCUCACUGUCCUCCACUGAUUUAUCAGCAGAGCGAUUGACGGCCUCCACCUCCUGCUGAAGCUGCUUCACCUCCUUCUCUCUGAUCUGGAUCCUCUGCUGGAUGCUGUGUCGACUCCCCUCCAGCUCUCUCUCUCUCUCAGUCCUCUCUGCUGCAGCUGACACUAUGUCGUGGCCUUUAUGUUCCUCCACAGAGCAGAGUUUCAGGUGAGGAACAGGUGUUACUCGACCUUCUCUAAAAUGAUGCGUUCAGUGUGUGUGGACGCUCCUGGGGGACCGGAGAACCUGCUGCUGCGCUCCGUCACCAAACCUGAAGCUAAAGCUGGAGAGGUUCUGAUUAGAGUUCAUGCAACGGCCCUGAACAGAGCGGACCUACUGCAGAGGCGAGGUCUGUACCCUCCCCCCCCAGGGGAGAGUGAUGUUCUGGGGCUGGAAGUGUCCGGCGUGGUGGAGGCUGUGGGUCUGGGGGUGUCGGGGGGCUGGAGGCCGGAGGACCGGGUCAUGGCGCUGCUGUCCGGAGGAGGAUACUCUGAAUACGUGUCGGUGCCGGAGCAGCUGCUGAUGCCCGUCCCCCAGAACCUGACCCUGAGUCAGGCCGCCGCCCUCCCAGAGGCCUGGCUCACCGCCUACCAGCUGCUGGUGCCCAUAGCCCGGCUGCAGCAGGGGGAGGUGGUGCUGAUCCACGCUGGAGCGAGUGGCGUCGGCUCGGCGUUGGUUCAGCUGGUCCGGCGGUUCGGCUCGGUGCCGCUCGUCACAGCAGGGAGCGCCGAGAAACUACAGCUGGCCGCCAGCCUGGGAGCAGAGGCCGGGUUCAACUACAGAGAGGAGAGCUUCUCUGAGGGGGUGCAGGCCUUCACAGGGGGUAAAGGAGCGGAUGUGAUCCUGGACUGUGUUGGGGGGUCGAACUGGGAGCAGAACAUCAGCUGUCUGGCGACUGACGGCCGCUGGGUGCUGUACGGCCUGAUGGGGGGGCGGGGGGUGCAGGGGGAGCUGCUGGGGAGGCUGCUGUCCAAGAGAGGGUCCCUGCUGUGCAGCCUGCUGCGCCCCCGCAGCCUGCAGUACAAAGAGGACCUGGUGAAGGACUUCUCUCUCCGGGUGUUACCGGGUUUCUCCGAGCCGUCGCCUCUGAGGCCGGUGAUGGACAGCAGCUUCAGCCUGGAGGACAUCUCCGACGCUCACCGACACAUGGAGGCCAACAGGAACAUGGGGAAGAUCAUCAUCAAUGUGAUCCCUCAGAACCAGGAGGAUCAGAGAAAAGCAGCAUGAGAUUUAAAGUCGGAUUCGGACUGGUGUAAAGGAAACCUUUCGUGGUGAUGUCUGUUAAAUAAAAUCCUCUGAUUCUG